AUGACAAGAAUAAAUGAAAUUCCUCCAUUCGUUGAGGAAAUAACAAUUGAAAACAACACGGAGCAAACUAUUCAAGAGAUACUUAACAGGGAUAAAUUUAAGCAACCUAUUCCUGAUAAAUUUGUUAAGUUAACUAAUGCUAAGAAAAAUAAUUGGGGUUCCACCGAAGAUUUAGAUAAACCUUCUUUAUUAUUAGCAGAAAGAGAAGAAGUAGAGGGAGCUAUUACUAUUGAAAACGAAAAAGAAGUAUUUAUAGAUAAGCCGGUAUCAGAAAAAAAUGCAAAAGAGGAAUUGGUGAAGAGAUUAGAGGAAUUGAAAGAAUUGAGAAAAAAAGUUAAACAAUUAGAAGUUUUACAAAGUAAGAAAGUAAGUUUAGAAGAAAAAGUAAAUAAGUUAGAAGAAGAAAUUCAAGAAAAGGACAGACAAGUUAACCAUCGAGAAGAACUAAUCAAAGAAGGAAUGAAAAUAAAAGAACAACUUCAAAAAGAGUUAGAAGAAAUAAAAACCAAAAAAAGAGAUUGGAGGAGUCGUAAACUUACCCAACAAGAACUACAAAAAAUAAAAGACGACGUUAUAACAGAAAAAAGAUUUCCUAGGUCAGAAAAGGAAAAAUUAAAAAAUCAAGAAGCAGAAAGAAUUAAACAAGAACAACAGAAAGUGCAAGCAGAAGAAGCAAAAAGGAAAAACCAAGAAGAGGAAGUUAAACGAAAAGAACAAGAGUUUAAAAAACGAGUUGAUGAAGAAAAGAAAGAAACAAACCCCAAAAACGAUAAAGAAACUGGUUUAGAUAAUGAUUUACAAGAUGCUAAAACUGAAUUACAGAUUAUUAAAGACAAGUUAGAACCUUACUGGAAACAAAUUACUCCAAUAACCUUGAGGGGAAAAGCCACAAAAGAAAAGUUGGAAGGAUUAGAAAAACAUGAGUUAGAAAAUUAUGACCCUCAACAACAAGCCGAAAAUCAGAAAAAAAUUGAAGAGAAGGAAAAAGAGUUAGAAGAGAUUAGAAAAAGGUUUAAAAGUGAAGAAAAUAAACAGUUCCAAAUUUCUCCUCAAAUUCUUUCCAAAUUCCAAUCUACUCCUAGUUUUGAAACUAACACUAAAGAAAAAAUAGAAGCCUUAAUUAAUCCAAUUAAAGAUAAUCCUGAAUUUUUACAAGAAGUUCAAACUAAAUAUCAGGUUGAAGAUUUAAGUAGUUUACUUGCUAAUAAGACUCCUAAAGAAGUAAUUAUAAUUGUUAAACGUUUUGAGUAUGAAAAUUUAAGUCUCCGUGAUAAAGAAACUAAAGAUAAAGAAAUAGAAACCUAUUACCAAAAAUUAAAUCAGUUGGCAAAGAAUGGAAAGUUAACUGAGAAACAAAUUAAUGAAUAUUUAUGUUUAGAAGCAACAAAUAGACUUGAAAAAAACUUAAUUAGCAACAACAAAUCAGGAACAAGGAAAGAUAGUAAUAAAAGCGUGAUAGAAAUAGUUAAAUAUGCUACUUUAACAACAGCAGGAGUUUUCUUUACUAUUGCUCUAGUUGCUUUCGUUCUUCGACAUUUAUACCAUCAAAUUAGAAGAAAAAAGGCAAAAAAAGUAUAUCGACCAACUUAUCCAAAAAAUAUUUCAGAAAACGAACUCUCAAAACUUAAUGAUUUAAAUGAAGAGUGA